CUUUACUCCAAUGCGGAAGUGGUCGUCAUCGUUAGAGCUGUGAGUUGGAAGCGCUUGGAAGAGCUGUCAAACGUGCCGAGAUUAGCCUAUUUAAACAAAUAAACUGAAUGAAUGAAGCUUUGGCUAUUAACUACAAGUCUCAUCGGAUCGGCUGCAGCUAGAUUUGUGUAAAAUGUCGUGGAUAAAAGAAGGUGAAUUGAAUUUCCUUGAAAGAAUCGCAGCUAAUAUACUCAAGGCAGGACCCAUGCCUAAACAUGUGGCUUUUAUUAUGGAUGGUAACCGACGUUUUGCACGGAAAAAAAACAUGGAUCGUCAAGAAGGACACACGCAAGGAUUUAACAAACUUGCAGAGACCCUAAGGUGGUGUAAACAUUUGGACAUCCAGGAGGUCACUGUAUAUGCAUUCAGUAUUGAGAACUUUAAGCGCACUAAAGAUGAGGUGGAUGGAUUGAUGGAACUGGCCAAGCAAAAAUUUCUGAGAUUAUUGGAAGAAAUGGAUAAUCUUAAAAAGCAUGAAGUUUGUAUUAGAGUACUAGGAGAUUUGAAUAUGCUGCCACUUGAUCUUCAACAAAUAAUUGCCAAAGCUGUUGUAGCAACAAAACAUCACAAUAAAUGUUUCCUUAAUGUAUGUUUUGCAUACACAUCAAGAUAUGAGAUCACAAAUGCAGUCAGAGAAAUGGCUUGGGGAGUUGAAAGUGGCCUGAUCAAAGCGAGUGACAUUUCUGAAUUAUUGCUCAGUGAGUGCCUGUACAGCAAUAAUUCUCCUAAUCCCGAUCUGCUCAUUCGAACAUCUGGAGAAGUGCGGCUUAGUGACUUUCUACUUUGGCAGACCUCUCACUCAUGUGUAGUGUUUCAGUCAGUUCUGUGGCCCGAGUACACGUUUUGGAAUUUGUGUGAAGCUAUUAUCCAGUAUCAGCUUAAUCACAAAUCUAUUCAGAAAGCCAGAGAUCUUUAUCAAGAUCAACAGGUAUUACAGCAGCUGGAAGCAGACCGCGCCUGUGUGGCAGAGUUGCACCAGGGCAAUGGGAAACCCUCCGACAGCAAGCAACAACAAGAAGCAGUACAGCAUUAUACUGCCUGCAGAGAGGAGCGCGUUCAGGACUUCCUACAGGAACUCAAGCACAAGAGAGACUUGUUUUUUACUAACUUAAGCAGUCAAGCCGUCUCUACCUAGGAACAAUUACGUCCAAUGUUAAACCUCGUCAUUUGUUUCUCACUUCUGAGGGAAACUGAUUUUUUCUUCCCGAUUUGUACAAGACAAGAGGGCACAUUACCCCUAUGGGGCUGUAGAAUAAAUGUGGAAUUAUUUAUGAUUGUAGAUUUUUAAAGAAAUAUAUGUGGAAAUAUCUGGUCAAGGUGUAGUUAUAUAAUAAUGUGUCAAAAGCAUGCUUUUGGUGUGAGCAAUUUGAGUCACAGGAAUAUGUUUUGGAAGUAUUCCAAAACAUGUGGUGCUUUAUUGUACUCGUACUUUAUGUUGACGUCAGCAGUAAGUGUUAAAUGUUGAGUGUGUUUUUGAAUUUAACUAGAUUUUGACCAGAUUUACAAUAAAGUGAGAACAUAAUGAAUAAUGUGAAAUGGAUUUCAUCACCUCAAGGCUUUGAUUCUGAUUGUGAGCCCUGGAUUAUUUUGUUCUAUUUUUUAAAAAACAAUGUUUACUAAAACGAGCACUAAGCCCUCAUGCCAACACCUAAUAAAUAACACGACUUAACAAUAGACAAUAAAUUCAAAUAAACUGUUACAGAGUGA